CAUUACGGCUGUAUCAAACUUCUAAAGUCCAGGGAUAAGCUUACGGGUUGUCAUUUUUGGAGACCUUUAUGAAUCCGAUAAAAGUUCCAGAUUUGUGGGAACCACAAUAUGGGAAGAGUCAAACAAAUCCUCCACUCCCUGAAGUACAACAGCUUCUUAUCUGAAUCUGAAGUGAAAAGGACCACGACACAAACAAUGAAUUACGUGGGGCAGCUAGCCGGACAAGUGUUUGUGACGGUGAAGGAGCUGUACAGAGGACUGAACCCUGCCACCCUGUCCGGCUGCAUAGACGUUAUUGUGGUACGCCAGCCCAAUGGCAAUCUACAGUGUUCUCCGUUCCACGUGCGUUUUGGGAAGAUGGGAGUUCUGCGCUCCAGGGAGAAAGUGGUUGAUAUUGAAAUCAAUGGAGAGUGUGUGGACCUGCACAUGAAACUCGGAGACAACGGAGAAGCUUUCUUUGUGGAGGAAACUGAGAAUAAUGAGGAAUAUGUCCCAUCCCACCUGGCAACAUCUCCUAUCUUAUUGGAUGGAGCUUCACUUAUGGAGUCACAGUUGAAGAGAAACACAAUAGAAUGGACAAGAAAUUUGGAUCCGUCCGGCUCCACUCAGGUCCCUGGCAACCAGGGCGGCACAGACUGCACCACCACCAGCUCUGUUAAGAAGAGACGGAAACGAAGGAGGAAGUCAAUGCUUGAUAACUUAAAGAGAGAAGACAAUGGGGACACGACUGAAGAUGAAGACAUGUUUAGCAUCGAAAUGAGCUCUGAGGAGGAAACAGAGCCCAUCGAAACAGCCAGAUCUUCAGUUCAGAACAGCUUCAGUGACCGAGUCCUGGAGAUGAACCAGCCGCAGAGCGGAGUCUUCUCUAAAGCCGAAACUUACCGCCAUUCUGAUGGAGAGUGGACUCCAGGACAAAGUCCUCCAGGUUCCCGCCCUGCGACGCCUAAAAGUGACUCUGAAUUAAUCAGCAAAACCCAAGAUAGGGGGAUGGCCGCCACUGAGCUCCCAAUGCACUGGGCCUGGGGAGAACUACCUCAGGCUACCAAGUCUUCUCCACAUAAAGUGAAAGAACAAAAUGUGGUGACCAUAAAUCCUUCAGAAAGCACGCACUUCCGGAUCAUCUUGCACACGAAUGAUGAAGGGAAGGUCACCUCAUCGGAGAUAAUAGGGGAACAGCCCAUGCCUCUGCUACUGGAAGACGUCGGUCCUGAAUGUGAAACCCUAAGGACGAGUGAACCCGAUGUUGAAUGUUUAGGAGCUGCAGCCCCUGCACUUCCCAUUCAUGAAGAGCUGACCCCUGCAUCACCACCCAUGAGCCCUGCACCAAGCAAGACAGACUCCCCUUCCAAGAAGAAAGAUAAGAGAAGCAGACAUCUUGGGACAGAUGGAGUCUAUUUAGAUGAUAUCAACUGCAUGGAUCCCGAAAUUGCUGCUUUAUAUUUUCCAAAAAGUGGAGACGCAGCCACAGCUAUGAAGAGCGCAGGAGAGAAUGGGGCCCGUUCCGCUAACCAAUCACCGCAGUCUGUGGGAAGCUCCGGAGUGGACAGUGGAGUAGAGAGUAUCUCCGAUGGGUUUCGGGAUCUGCCAUCCAUUGCCAUAUCGCUGUGUGGAGGCCUCAAUGACAACAAAGAACUGACAAAAGAGCAGUUCAUAGAACAAGUAGUCACCUACCAGCAGUUUGUGGAUAAUCCGGCAAUCAUCGAUGAUCCAAACCUUGUUGUAAAGAUUGGUAAUAAAUAUUACAAUUGGCCAACAGCUGCCCCCCUUCUCCUGGCCAUGCAGGCUUUCCAGAAGCCAUUGCCUAAGUACUCUUGCUUUGAUUACGUCUGUGCUCUGGUAGAUUCCAUUAGAUUUUAUUUUUCUAGUCUCUGUGGCCAGCAGACAGUUACCGUGGACACUCUGAUGAGAGACAAGAUGCCCAAAAAAGGUGGAAGAUGGUGGUUCUCUUGGCGUGGAAGGAACAGUAAUAUCAAAGUGGAGUCCAAGACAGAGCAAGGCUUAAGUGGAAAAGGUUCUUACCCUGGUGAACAGACCGCAGGCAUUGACAUUGAACAGAGAAUAAAGGAUGAGUCGUCGUCCAGCGACGAGGACCCCAGAGUAGCCAAGCAGAAUAUAGGCUCCCUGCAAUCGAACCAGAGCCACCUCUCAUCAUCUGGUGUUACAUACAAGAAGACGCUGCGGCUGACCUCUGACCAGCUCAAAAGUCUGAAACUGAAAAAUGGUCCAAAUGACGUUGUGUUCAGUGUUACCACUCAAUACCAGGGGACGUGUCGCUGUGAGGGCACCAUUUACUUGUGGAACUGGGAUGAUAAAAUCAUCAUUUCUGAUAUUGAUGGAACAAUUACCAGGUCUGAUACAUUAGGUCAUAUUUUACCAACACUAGGAAAAGACUGGACUCACCAGGGUAUUGCAAAACUCUAUCACAAAGUCAGCCAAAAUGGUUAUAAAUUCCUCUACUGCUCAGCACGGGCUAUUGGAAUGGCAGACAUGACUCGAGGAUAUCUGCACUGGGUGAAUGAACGUGGCACAGUGUUACCUCAAGGACCUGUCCUCUUGAGCCCUAGUAGUCUGUUCUCUGCACUACACAGGGAAGUAAUAGAAAAGAAACCAGAGAAAUUCAAGAUUGAGUGCUUGACAGAUAUUAAGAAUCUAUUUCACCCAAAUACUGAGCCCUUCUACGCUGCAUUUGGGAAUCGACCCACAGAUGUUUAUUCAUAUAAGCAAGUAGGAGUUUCUUUAAACAGAAUAUUUACGGUCAAUCCCAAAGGAGAACUCAUUCAGGAGCAUGCGAAGACUAACAUCUCCUCUUACGUUCGGCUCUGUGAGGUCGUGGAUCACGUUUUCCCAUUGUUAAAAAGAAGCCAUUCCUCGGAUUUUCCUUGCUCAGACACUUACAGUAAUUUUACAUAUUGGAGAGAACCUUUACUCCCAUUUGAAAACCAAGACAUACACCCUACAGCUUCUUGAAAAAAAAAAAAGAAUCUUUACUACAUCUGCUUCAUUUCAACUUCCUGAACUUUUUAUCGGCUGCACAAAGUCGGGUGGGAAAAUAAUUAUUUUGACUUGAUAUAAUCCAGCUGGGAUUGCUACUUCUGUUUUCCGGGAGGUUUCUCUAGAAUUGCAUUCUUCAGAGAAAUGUAUUGAUUGACAUGAAUAAUAUGCGCUUUCUCCGUACAUGGCUGGAGGGCUGUGUGGCGUACUGUAAUACAAGACUGCACCCCCUCCCCCCCCCUUCCUUCCUAAUACGCAAGGCUGCAAUGGCAUCAGUUCCCAACUGAGAAAAGAUUCUAGGCUCUGAAAUCCUGCAAUGUGAAGAAAGAUGCAGCUAAAAUCUUCCUGCCAUUGUUUUUUCAAGUUUUAUUUCUACAGCCACCGUCCUUUGGGUAUAAAACACAUGUCAAAGCUACUGCUCUUCCUGAAUUCUAUCAAUUUGUAAUGCUGGACUAUGUUUCUGAAUACUUAACCUUUACAAAUGCAUAGGAUUGAGCUUCCAUCCCGUAUUGUGGGUUAUGAUCAAUAGGCUGUCCGGUUAAAGCAGGUGCAAGCAGGGGAGUGGUCUGUGGUGUCCAAUCAGAUUUACAUUAGUGCAUUAGUCUAAUUCCUUGUAAUGACUGGGGGAGAAACAGGAAUGGAGUUUAACCUUUUAGUGAUUAGUGGGGGCCCCAAAUAUUGGAUCCCCACUGAUCUAACACUUAUCCUGUAGACCUACAGAUCCAUCAACAAAAGUAGACAUUGCCUUGUGAUCUUUCUUUUUAUUUGCACUCCAAGCAUGCUUGUCUGGCAUAAGAUGUCUUGUUUUGGUCAUUAUAUAACUUAAUAUGGCAUUUUUCAACAGAUUUGCCCUCUGCAGGCUCCUCUUUCAGUUUUCAGUUUUUGUUCUAGGGGGUGGAGCCUACCCUCUAUGAUGGCUUCCAUACGCUGCACACACACAUGGAAACCUGCUCCCCUUAUGUAUCCAUGCACACCUUAAUAAGCAGCAGCAGAUUGGAGGACAUUAUAGAGUAGUAGGGAACAGUCAAAGCUGUCAAGCCCUGGGGUGAGAUCUAAUACUCACUUAGCUCUUUUAAAGUUUAUUUGCAGUCUCUUUGUCUCUGCUUCCUGAACUCCCCCCCCCCCCCCCCUUCCAACUCCCUCUUCCUUCCCUUCCUUCUCCAAAGACUUUUAUGGGCAGCAUGUAACUUGAUUUCUUAGUGAGCUGCUAGUCUGUCUUAUAAACACAGGACAAAAAAAGUAGUUUUUUCUAGAGUAAAUGAAAGUAUAGCCGGUAGAAAGUGGGUUAUACAAAUUAUAUAGCGAGACGGCAUACAGGGUAUAUGUAGAAGUUGAUAAGCCAUCAAUGAAGCUGCAAGACUGCACCGUCCAGUCUAAUAAAAUGAAUCACAUCCAUUGAAUUUUACUUUUGAAAUAAGAUUUUAAAAAAAAAGAUGCAGGUGAAGAAAACGCUGACAGCUUCUGCCUUAGUAUCUAGCAAACCGGACGCAUUGGCCUCCACAUGGCGAUCUCCUGAGAUGGACUUUUACCUCACUGGCCCACGGGUCAGCUCUCCUCAGGACCAUAUCAAGCCAACCUCAUUUAUUUUUGCUUCAGGAUCCAUGAGCAUUGAUUUUCUUCCAGGUACCACCCCCUCCCCACUAUUGGCCCCACUGUCGCCAAAUGACAUCGCUUGUCUUCUCGCUACCUAGACAUAUAUAUGAUACGCAGGAUUCCAUAUGACUAUUGUGGAAUGUUAUGCAGACUAUUUAUUCUUUCUGUGAAAGAAAACCAUGGGCCGCUUACCUAGUAAUGCUGGUUUCUGUUUAAAAAAAAAAAAAAAAAAUGUGGUUUUUAUUUACCUAUAAUACUCAUAUCUAUUUUUUUAUUGUGUAAUUGCGGAGAGAGGAUGCGUCUGGGGUGCUAUGUUGUGUUUUGCAUUGUGUCCGAAUCUGAAUAGGAUCUGCCGGGUUUACCGUGGUGAUACAUAUUAUUACUGGAUGUUUUGAAGCACUUAAUGUUUGAUUAUGUAUUCUGUAUUAUAGCACUAAGUGAAGAAACUUUUGCGUCUUAUGAAUAGACUCGAGGUUAGACGUUAUACGUGAGAGCUUGCAGGCUUUUUAUACACGCUAGGCCUUGUUGCCCUUUAGCAACCGAUCACGGUGCUGUUUUCAGUUAUUCAUAACAGUUUGAAAGUGAAAGCUUGGCUCUGAUUGGUUGCUAUGGGCGACAAGGCCGUAUGGUCAGCUUGGGCCCGAUUUUAUUAUAUUGUUUUUGUAAUAGAAAGAAAAUUAUGAUUAUAAGGUUGUUUAUAACGUGAUAUAAUUCAUCAUCUGGGUGUGCUCGGCCUGUAUAUGAAUAUGGCCUUCAGGUGUCUAUAGAUCAGUGUUUCCCAACAAGGGUGCCUCCAGCUGUUGCAAAACUACAACUUCCAGCAUGCUGGGAGCUGUGGUUUUGCAACAGCUGGGGGCACCCUGGUUGGGAAGCAUUACUAUAUAUAUAUAUAUAUAUAUAUAUAUAUAUAUAUAUAUAUAUAUAAAACACUCCACUGACAUUAUUACUAAACGAUAGAUCUUUAUAUAUGAAGGGUUAUGGCUUCAGAAGGGUUAAUACAAUAAGCUAAGAUAAGAUUGUUCCACCAAGGCACCUUCAGACCUCAUAUUAGACAACUACUGUAUAAUAUGUGAAUAUAUAGAUGCAGCAGAGCUGAACAUAUUUUUAAAAGGGUUUAUGAACAACGAUCUCUCCUCCAAACACACCGCGGGAUAAUCAUGUGCUGAGAUAAGAU